UCUUUAGGAGGCAAAGAAAUUGCUACCAUAAUAAAAUGAAGAGAAGAUUCAUUGUUCCCUCCCACUGUUCAAAUCGAAUGAUCCAAUGAACGUCACAGUGAUGAUGUCACUCCUUUUCGCGUAAGCAGUGGUGUCACUGCUUGGCGCCUACAGAAAGAGAGAGAGAGCGGCAGAGGGUGUUGGUUGAAUAUGAGUCGCCAACUCAAAAACAAAAACAAAGUUGUUUUGUAAUUUGCUUGUGCCGAAGAUUUUCGGAAAGUCUGCUGUUAUUCUAACGCAAAUUGAAUGGCCAGCACUUGAAAAAGGUAGGGGUGCACAACCUAUGGCCCGCAGGACACAUACAACCCACUGACUGUUGAUGUCCGAGGAAAUAUCAGAAAGCAGAGAUCUAAGUCUGAAAUUGCAGCCACAUGCUCUGCUAUGGCAGCGAUGGAUGGCUGGAAAUCCCAGCCACUUGCACUGAAAAGAGCCCCCUAUCUGAAACAAGUGCCUCCUCGAAGGUUGCUUUCCAAGUUAUUCCAGCUCUUGUUACUUGUUGUUUUAAUUAUUACUGUAGUCAUAAACGUCCUCUUCAUUUUGGAUACAAGUCGAAAAUUACAAGAAGAUAUCCCAUCUCUAGGCGAUUCAGAUGGACUAGAUGGAGGAGAAAAUCGCCAUAACAGCUUCAGGCUGCAGGAGAGUUUGCCUAAAACAUUAACUGUAGAAGUACUUUCCAGUCAAUCAAAAGUAUCAGUCUCAGUUGAUGGCACAACUAAUUUCAUAAAUGCAAACUGUGUGAAUGAACUAUUACAGAUUUUGGAAGAUGCUGAAGACAACAAAGGGAGGGGAAUCCAUGUACUAGUCCUAAAUCAAGCAACGGGGAGCGUGAUGGCUCAACGCAUGUUUGACACAUACUCACCGCAUGAAGAUGAGGCAAUGUCUUUGUUCCUCAACAUGGUCUCAGAUGGAAGAAUACUCAUUUUUACCAUAAAAGAUGAGGGAACAUUCCAGAUGAAGCAACCUGCUAGGGAAUUAUUGAAGCGGUUAGGCAGCAAAAAAGCUCAGGUCAUUGGUUGGAGAGACAUGUGGACUAUGGCCACACAGAAAGGAGGUAAAUUAUAUGGGGAAAAUUACAGUAAAAGUCCUGAAUUCAACAGCUGGGGUGCACCUGUAUUGUUGAGAGUUGAAGUUCCUUUAGUCCCAGUCGAAGAGAGUGAAUGUGAUUGGGCAGAUAAUGAAGAAAACAAUAGAAGAAGAGGUUUCUGUAACCACAUUGAAGGGUACGGCAGCGUCUGUAGUUGCCUUGAUCCUGCGCCCCUUGCAUUCACCCCAAAAGAAAUUCAAAAUAAUCGUGUUAAAGAUGUUCCUGUGGCUAUCAUUGCCAGCAAUAGACCUCACUAUUUAUACAGAAUGUUACGUUCCUUAUUAUCGGCUCACGGCUGUAAUCCUGAAAUGAUCACUGUUUUUAUAGAUGGGUAUUUUGAGGAGCCUUUGGAAGUGACAAAAUUGUUUGGUUUACGUGGCAUACAGCAUACUCCAAUUGGUGCCAAAAAUGCAAGAAUAUCUCAGCAUUAUAAGGCUAGUCUAACAGCAACUUUUAAUUUAUUUUCCGAAGCAAAGUAUGCAAUAAUAAUUGAAGAAGAUUUAGAUGUUUCUCCUGAUUUUUUUAGUUACUUUAGCCAAACCCUUAGACUUUUGGAAGAAGAUGAUUCAAUUUAUUGCAUCUCUGCUUGGAAUGACCAAGGCUAUGAGCAUACCAGUGAAGACUCUGGACUGUUGUACAGGGUUGAAACGAUGCCAGGUUUAGGAUGGAUUUUAAAAAGAAGUCUUUAUAAAGAAGAAUUAGAACCACGCUGGCCAACUCCUGAGAAGCUGUGGGACUGGGACAUGUGGAUGAGGUUGCCAGAUGUGAGAAAGGGGCGUGAAUGCGUCGUCCCAGAUGUCUCGAGAACAUAUCAUUUCGGUUCAUCUGGACUGAAUAUGAACUCCUUUUUUCAAGACAUUUACUUCAAGAAACAUGCCUUCAAUACUCAGCCAAAUAUUGAACUCAAGGACUUAGACAGCGUGAAAAAAGAUAAUUAUGAAGAAGUUAUUCAUGAUCUACUAAGAAAAGCAGUAGUUCUAGAUCACAGUAAAUCUCCUUGUGAAGAAAAUUUUAUUCCAGAAACUAAAGGUGAAGUUUAUGUCAUGUUCAUAAAAAUGAAUGGACCCAGAGAUUUCACCACCUGGCUCCAAAUAGCAAAGUGUUUCAAGAUCUGGGAUUUAGAUGCAAGAGGAUAUCAUAAAAGUAUGUGGCGUUUAUUCAUGAAAGGAAAUCAUCUGCUGGUUGUUGGUGUGCCAAAUUCAUCAUACUCGUCAUUCAAGCCCCCAAGAGUGACGCCUAUUUAUUUAGAAGAUCAAAAAAUUGACAAGGACCGGCUCCGGUAGUUGUUUGUGCCAUAAAAUGGGGGACAAUCUUGUAUAAAGAAGAGAUCCAAUGGUGCAGUUUGCUGGACAAAAUCGCAUCAAAAAUUGUGUUGAAUGAAUUCUGUCUUAUGAAAUUUUAUGUGUUCACGGGAAAGACCGACCAGAAGUGUUCCAUAAUGAUUGAAGACUUUAAUAAAAUAUUUAAACGUGAAAUGUUUCUGAAAGGUUGAAAGAUGAUUAUUUGAAACAUUCACUAGCGUUUCUACAUAUUUUAGUAGCGUUUUUGCCAUUUUAAACCCCCCUUCUUUGUUGGCUUUCAUUUUCAAUAUGGAAUCUAAAUUUAUGUAUUAAGCCUGAUACUUACGAAACAGCUUGUACGCUGCGCAAAAUAAAAAAUGAACUACCUUGAAUAACUUUUGAUCUAAUGAUUGGAUCUUCACGUCCUAGAACUCGAUCGUAAUGGUUAUUUCGAGGGGGUGACCGCAAUGAUGCUAGGUAAUGGGUGUUGAUGAUAUUUUAUAUUACAAAAUCAAACGCGAAAAACAUACUUUUUUUUAAUUAAACAGUUCUUUUUACUAUGUAUUCUGAUUUUUGAUUCUAUAAAUAUAGCCUCAAAGUGGAAAAAAUGGUCCCAAUAGUUUGGUUAGGAGAGCAGUCCAAAGUUUGGACCCUUUAAUGUUACAAUAUCUUGAGAACUUAAAAAAUUUAUUUAUUCAAAGAUAUGCAAAAGAAAAUUUUUUUUAUUGUUUUAUUUAAUAAUAGUCAGAAAAAAUUUGAAUUGUAAGGUAUAUAAAUCAUUUUAAAGUAUGUCAUUUUACAUGUCUGAAUACAAAAUUUUAGUGGAAUCGGUUGAAGAGGUCCCGAGUACUUUAAAGAGGCCUUAUAUUUUAAAAUUCAAUUUCUCAAGAACUAUUCAACCAAAUUUUGUAUUUUGCACUCUAAAAUUAUGUAAAAAAUUUUAUACCUUACAAUUCAAAAUUAUUUCAAAUAUUAUUAAAUAAAAUAAUAAAUAUGCUAAAAUUUAUUAUUUGCAUAGAAUUAUCUUUGAAUGAACAAAUUUUAUAAGUGUGUGCAAAAAUGUUUCAAUUUGCUUAAACAGUUCUCGAGAUAUGGCGAAAUAGGCUAAAAGUAAAAUUAACAUUAAGGGCUCCAAACUUUGGAGCGCUCUCCUCACCAAACUAUUGAGACCAUAGUUCCCAGAUUGUGGCCACCCCCAAUACCCGAAACCGUUAAAAAAAGGUAUGUUUAUUCAGAGAAAGUGCAAUUUUUGUGUCUGAUUUCAUAACCUAAAAUAUUGUCUGCGCUAAUUAAUUAGUAUAUUUGAAGUCACCCCCUCGAACCAUUGAGAGUGAGUCUUAGACUGUAAAUAUAUUAUCAUUAGAUCAAAAGUUAUUUAGGGUGAUCCUUUUUUUUUGCGCCCUAUACAUUUAUUAAUUAUAACAGCUUAUGUGCCAAAAAUAUUUUAAAGCUCUUUUCUUAAUGGUAGCAACCAUAUAUCCCUGUGUAUAAUUAGACUUUUCAACCCCAAAAACUUCACAAAAAUCAGCGGCUCAACACCUGUAAUAAAACUUGAAAUUUGUUUAUGCAUUAUAAAAAAUGAUGUGAAGAUAUAAAAUUUAUAGCUCGUUUACCAGGAGUUGGCACUUGGCUCCACCUUCAUCACGUGGUAUGCGACGAUACUAUUUUGCUAUUUUUUGGGAGAAUGAUGUGAACAAUCCUGAACAAGGUUGCUAUUUGGUGAUCGUAUGGCAAAAAUAUUUAUUUCGCUAACUUUAUGAGCAUUUUUUUAAUAUUAAAUAUUUCAUGAAUUUUAUUGAUAUUUCUCUCUUUUGAGUGAAUAGUAUGUCCUUUUUGAGACAUUUUGCUGCAAUAUAUUUAAUUAUCUAGAGUAACGAAAUUUAUAAUACAAGAUGAUAAAGCAAAGUAAGUGACUGAAAAAGGAGUCACUAUUUAUGUUUGGCGCACACUAAAGCUGGUUUCAAUUUCAAGGGCGGAGAUGUUUCUCUUCUUAACUCCCUCUCUGAAAUGAACUCUUCUUCCCAGGAGGUGGAGCCAAGUGCCAACUCCUGGUGAACGAGCUAUACCCCUUUCAUUAACUUUCUUUAAUAUAUUAUAUUAAUUUUGGACUAUUCUCAUCACAUUUUCUUUGCAUUCUAUGAUUAUUUAGAAAACUUAAGUAUAUAAUAAUUAUAUAGAGUAAUUUAUUAAAGAAUAUUUCAUAAAUAUAACAAUGAAAACUUUUUAAAACAUAUCAUAAAUCUACAAUGAAUCUCACACAUUUUACAUGGGAAUUGAAUCCUAGUCGACUUGACUAAAAUUUUGAUAUGUAGUAUCUGAAAUCCUUCUGCUCAAAAGUUCUCGUUGUCCUGGUUUUAAGAGAAGAAACAUGUUUUGAGGAGCAGAGUUUUAGAAACUGACCAAAUUGCUUUGAAAAACUAAUUAUUAGAAAUGGCUUUUUAAAGCUAUGUGACCUGGAAUUUAACAGUGUUAAUUUUUUGGCCCCUCACCAGAAUUUUUGAUCAGAUCAAUUACAACAUAUCCAAUAUUUUCUACCAAUUCUCCAUAUAAAAUGUGGAAAAUUCUUUAAAGAACAUCUUUCUUUUUUUUAAUUUUAGAAAUUUGCAAUAUCUUGUAAUCAAAAAUAGGGGGUCAAUAUUAUCCUAUAAAACUGCCCUGACUUCUUAAUCAACUGUGAAAUGUAUGAAUAAUUGAAAUUUGCUGUGUUUACUCAACUUAGAAUAUAACACACCCAUAAAUGAAUGGGCCAAAAAAAAAAUAUGAAUUCUCAGACAGUGACCUGUAUAAAUUGUUUUGUCAGUCAGUACCUCAAGUAAAAGAUAUUUGUACUGUGCUAUUUCGGAAAUUAUUAUGGGAAAAAUAUUUUUUUUCUUGAGAAAUAAUGUGAUUACAUUUUUUAAAUUAUGAAGCAAAAAAUUAUGUAGAUCAGCAAAUUAAUUUUCAUUUUGCUGAAAAAGUCAUUUCUGUUUUUGUUUUGUUCUUUUUUUUUUUUUUCAUCAACAUUUCUUCAUUAGAACUGAGAGAUUUUUAAUUUCUUUGAACUUCAGUUCUUUUUGUAUUGAUGAUUAAAAAAAAGUAUGUAAAUAAAUGUAAUAUUAUGGAGGUAGGAAAAAAAUUUGUAUUCUAAUAAUUGUUGUGUAUAAAUGAAGUACUAUGUCAAAAGUUAUUUUUAAAUCUGAUCAAAUGUCUAAUGAAAUUUGAGAAAAUUUUAAAAGGACUUGGAACUUAGCCAAUAAUAAUUGAUCUUCACUUUUUAUAUUUUCCUUAUAUGUUUCCAAAAUUCAAGCUUUUAGAGGAAUUACCGAAGCCAAUACAAACUUUCAAAAGCCUUUUCCAAGAAACCAAGUUUUCCAACUCUGUUUAUUCGAAAUUUCUGAAAUUAUUUAUCCAAUUUUGUUUUUAGGUGUGAAUUGGAUGUAAGGUUUAAUGACAUUAAGUCUGAAAAGAUGCGCCAAACAAUUUUUUUUUAUUUUUAUGAGAUAAUAGUAUUGUUCCCUCUAACUACUUUGAGAUUUCUAUAGUUUCAGAAAAUAUCUCUCCUAGUGGUGGCAAUGGUCGUGUAUAAUGUUAGAAUUUUAUCCGACCACUGCAUAAAAAUAAUUUAAACAUAUUAAAAGGUCAGAUGGUCAUGUUCUGGUAAAAGUACCAACACUGUAAAAAAUGUUUAUGAGGUAUCGUCCACAUCGCAGCAUUAAAAUGUAUAUGUUUCUCAGAUAACUAUUAUACCUUUUAAAAAACAGAAUGGUAAUAAGAUUCCUGAGAUCUCCAAAUGAACAGGAGUUAGAAAAUGCUUUAAAGGAACAUUCAUCUGUGUUCCACUACACUAGACUCUGUUCAACUUUUGAAAAUCAUAUCAACUUAUAAAUAAUGAAAAUGUCUUGAAUCUGAUGACGGUAUGUUUGUUGGUGAUUAUAAUUUUUUUAUUUCAUAUUAUACUUCAAAUUCUUAAGAUUCAAUGUAUCGUUUUGUGCCUGAACAUAAUUGCACUAGAAACAACUUUUUAACACUAAAGCUUGCAUUUGUCCUAAUCAUUUCUUAACCUACCUCCAUUGUAUAUAAAAGCUCAUGUGAAAAAGAAAAAAAACUGUCCACCUCAUUUGUAAAAUGUUCUACGAUUAUAUCAUGAAUGCAUUUAUUUUGAGAUUACAUUGAAAAAACAUCACCUCAUGAAUAAAAAAAAUUCAAAAUGA